AUAGGUACCAGCACAUCAGCCGUGCUGGCGUACCGAAACCCCUCGUGUGAAAUCAAGGUGGUGGAUGUAAACGGUGACCGGAUCUCACGAUGGAACUCCUCUAACCCGCCGAUCUUUGAGCCGGCCGGGGCUGAAGAUAUUGAAGACGGACCUCGAGCGCCGAACUUGACGUUUUCCGUAGACAUUGCUGGGGCGAUUGCGGAGGCAGACGUUGUGUUCAUCUGCGUUGAUACACCGGCCCAUGUCAAUCUUUCCAGUGUCGAUCAUUUCGACAUGGACUUGACCAGGCAUGAUGGCGCUCUCAGGAUGAUCGUGGAGAGCUCGGUGGGCCAUACUGUUGUCGUUGAGAAAAGCACUGUUCCCGGCGGCACGUCGCAACGCUCUGCGGAUUUUCUCGCGAGCUACACCACGCCAGAGAAAUCCUUCACCGUCCUGUCGAACCCGGAAUACCUCGCGCAAGGAACCUCAAUCAACGAUAUCAUGUACCCAGACAGAGUCAUCAUCGGAUAUACCCAGGACGACCCAGCCGCAAAGGCCGCUUCCGAGGCUCUAGCUAAUCUCUACAUCCCAUGGGUACCGCCGAACCGCGUCCUCACCAUGUCUCUUUUCUCCUCGGAGCUGACCAAGCUCGCGCACAACGCCUUCCUCGCGCAAAGAGUAAGCAGCAUCAACGCGCUCAGCGCCAUCUGCGAAGCCAGCGGUGGCGACAUCGCCGAUGUAUCCCGCGGGCUCGGGAUGAACGCGCGGAUCGGAUCGAAAUACCUGCGGGCCUCGUUCGGCUUCGGCGGAAGCUGCCUGGUCAAAGACACCGCCAGCCUGGCGUAUCUUGCGCGCAGCCUCGGACUCGCUGAGCCAUCCGACUACUGGAAGCAUGUGCUCUUGUUGAACGAAUAUCAGAAAGCUCGAGUCGCGGAGCGGAUCGUCACUCAACUGGGCGGUGCGCCCCUUCUUCACCAGGAACGGAUUGCGGUGCUCGGCUUUGCGUAUAAGAAGGAGACGAGAGAUACGCGGGGAACGCCAGCCCGGGACGUGGUGCUGCAGCUUCUCAAGAGCGGUGCUUCGGUUGCCUUGUAUGAUCCGUAUGCGUCGGUGACGCAGAUACAGACGGAGCUGGGAGGUCAAUCGUCCGACCCCUUGGUGUCUGCCACCCUACAGGAUCACCUGACGGUAUCUCCGUCGGUUUAUGAUGCUUGCCGUGAUGCUAGGGCGGUGGUUGUCCUGAACGAGAUACCGGAACUGGACAAUGGGAAUGCGCCAGCGGAGAGUAUGCGCGAGCCUCGAUAUGUGUUUGAUGGGAAAGGUUUUCUGGAUAGCAGGGGUUUGGAACAACAGGGGUUCAUAGUCGAGGUCGUUGGGCGGUAG